UGCUAAGCCCCGAGCGUCAGCGUCAGCGACAGCGAUAUGAUUGAAGGUAAGGCACUGACAAGGAACACCAUAUGUGCUUACGAUGCUGCGUUUGAGAACGCCGUUGUCACAUCCGUUUUCUCUGACGUUCGCGGCCUCCAGACAGCUCCGUAAGGUUCAAGCGCGCCCCUUCCGAUCUUCCAUCAAGAUGACGUCAGCAAAGACGGUGGAGCACAUUGUCCUUUUCAAGGUGAAGGAGGAAACGGAGGCGUCAAAGGUGAGUGAAAUGAUGAACGGACUCGGUUCUCUUCUGUCGCUGGACACCGUCCUCCACCUCAGCGUGGGCCCGCUCCUCCGUAACCGAUCCUCUUCUUUAACCUUCACUCACAUGCUCCAUACCCGCUACAAGUCCAAGGAGGAUCUCCAAGCCUACUCCGCGCACCCCAGCCACGUCGCCGUCGUCAAGGAAAACGUCCUCCCCGUCAUCGAAGACAUCAUGGCUGUCGAUUGGGUCGCCGAUGGCCUCAGCAACCUCGUUCCGCCGCCGGGCUCGGCGCUUCGUGUCAGCUUCUUGAAAUUGAAGGAGGAUGCGGCUAAGGACGACGUUUUGGGUGUGGUUAGAGGAAUUCCCGAGAAUUUCAAGCAGAUUAGUGAGUUUAGUGUUGGGGGGAAUUUUUCGCCGGGGAGAGCCAAGGGUUUCUCGAUUGCUUCGCUCGCUGUUUUCGCGGGACCGAGCGAGUUGGACGCCGUGGAUUCGAAUCAGGAGUUGGUGAAUUACCAGAAGGACAAGGUUAGGGAUCAGAUCGACAGUGUGGUCGUUGUUGAUUACGUGGUUCCGCCACCUCCUCCUGCUCAGAGUGCGAGCCUUUGAUGAGAGGUUAUUGCUUUGCUCUGCAAUGUAACUGUCAGUUAUGUUUAUUUGCCUGAAUAAUGAAUGUUGAUUCACUGAAUUGGUUACAUUGUUUUUGAGUUUAGACCCUAAUUUUUACCUACUUGUUCUUUAGUGACUAAUAGAUUGAACCUAAAUUCAA